GCCAUAUUUAAAAUUUUGCAACUUUGGCACUGCCAGGUGGACUUUGUUGUUGUGAUAAUUUGUUGUAAACAUGGCAGGGUCUGCAUUGCGACGAUUGAUGGCCGAAUAUAAACAACUCACUUUGAACCCUCCUGAAGGAAUCAUUGCUGGUCCAAUCAACGAAGAGAAUUUCUUUGAAUGGGAGGCUUUGAUCACUGGUCCAGAAGGCACCUGUUUUGAAGGCGGCGUUUUUCCAGCAAAAUUGAUUUUUCCUCCAGACUAUCCUCUCAGCCCUCCAAAAAUGCAAUUCACUUGUGAAAUGUUUCAUCCCAAUAUCUAUAGUGAUGGCAGGGUUUGCAUAUCAAUCCUCCAUGCUCCUGGUGAUGACCCUAUGGGCUACGAGUCGAGUGCGGAGAGGUGGAGCCCGGUUCAAAGUGUCGAAAAAAUAUUGCUCUCAGUUGUUAGCAUGUUAGCUGAACCCAAUGAUGAAAGUGGUGCCAAUGUGGAUGCUGCGAAGAUGUGGAGAGAGAAUCGAGAAGAGUUCAACAAGAUCGCCGAGCGACUGGUUCGACGCACUCUGGGCCUGCCACCUUAGGUUGCUGUUGUGCUGGUGGUGGUGCUGUCAGGGAUCCUAGCGCGUCCGCAGGGUUACGAGCCAGACUCUCAAGAAGAAAUCCCUGCCGGCCCGUCAAAUUUUGAGGGUUCCGAGGACGACGGCAGACAAGGACGCACUUUCGGCCUCGUCAAGAAGGGUUACAAAUUUUUCAGAAACAGAAUCUUCAAUCGGCCGCAGGCACCAUACUUCCAACCCUACAGCGGCUACCCUUGCAACGCCGGAUACGAACAGCAGCAACACCUCAACACACAGUUACCCCUCACACCGUUCGCAUUGUGAAAAGUGGAAAGGCAGGACUUAUUAGGAAGUUAUUUAUAAAAUGGACUUUAAAAUGCUCAAUCAAAAAAACGUUAUUAGUUCACUUGUUUGCCUUGUUUAUUAUGGAAUGUUGUUAUCAAUAAAGUAAACAUAUAGUUAUAAAAAUAAUCUU